AAGAGCGACUCUGGCAGCCGUGGCGGCCGCCUCUCACACUCCCACGCCCCGCUUUCAAUAACCGGCAACUUAGUUCUGAUGAGCCUAGCCGCCGCCACUCACCGAGCCGUCACAAUACCGCGGACAGUUUACCUUCUCAUCGGGGCUUCUUCCCGCAUCUGAACACAACCCCGCACUCAGGACUUGAUCAUUAGCCGUCCAGCAGCACCUAACCCUCCGUGUCUGAAUGACGGGCGGCCGGUUCGACUUUGACGAUGGUGGCACCUACUGCGGAGGCUGGGAAGACGGCAAAGCCCACGGCCAGGGGGUGUGCACCGGACCCAAGGGCCAGGGCGAGUACUCGGGCUCGUGGUCCAACGGUUUCGAGGUGGUGGGCGUGUACACCUGGCCCAGUGGGAACCUGUAUCAGGGCUACUGGUCGCAGGGGAAGCGCCACGGACUCGGCGUAGAAACCAAAGGGAGGUGGACAUACCGCGGAGAGUGGGCUCACGGGUUCAAGGGCCGGUAUGGAGUCCGACAGAGCCUCAACACACCCGCCAGGUACGAGGGCACCUGGAGUAACGGACUGCAGGACGGAUACGGCGUGGAGACGUACGGUGAUGGAGGUACAUACCAGGGACAGUGGACCGGUGGGAUGCGUCAUGGAUAUGGUGUGCGUCAAAGUGUUCCGUAUGGUAUGGCCUCUGUCAUCCGCUCACCUCUACGAACUUCCCUGUCUUCCCUCCGCAGUGAGCAGAGUAAUGGUACUGUACUGCGUGACAGCCUGUCUGACAGCCCUGCCGGGACACGUGGUGGCUUUGUACUCAACUUCCACUCAGACGGGGAAGGCUCAGAAAAGAAGAAGGGUCUUUUUCGCCGUGGUUCCCUCUUUGGAAGCCUUCAGCGACUACGCAAAUCAGACUCACGCUCGUCGAUUUCCAGUAAACGCAGCUCAGCACACAGUGACACCACCAUGAGCCGCAUCAGUUCCAGUGACGCCAAUUCAACCAUCAGCUUUGGAGAUGGAGACCUGGGCGAUGACUACCUGCCACUGGAGGACAAUGUGGAUGCCACUACCACUGAGUCUUACAUGGGUGAGUGGAAGAAUGACAAGCGCAGCGGCUUUGGUGUCUCUGAGCGCUCCAACGGCAUGAAGUACGAAGGCGAGUGGUUGAACAAUAAGCGCCAUGGCUACGGCUGCACCGUCUUUCCUGAUGGCACCAAGGAAGAAGGGAAGUACAAGAACAACGUGCUGGCCCGGGGCAUCAGGAAGCAGCUGAUCCCGCUGAGGAACACCAAGACCAAGCAGAAGGUGGAGCGAGCCAUGGAGGGAGCAGUGAGAGCAGCGGCCAUUGCCAGAACCAAAGUAGAGAUCGCCAUCUCCAGGACGUCCCAUGCCCGGGCCAAAGCAGAGGCUGCAGACCAGGCUGCACAGUCAGCCACUCAGAAUUCAGAUAUAGCCAGAGCUGUGGCCAGAGAGCUCUCACCGAGCUUCCAUCAGCCAGGCCCUGACUACAUACGGCAGAAGUAUAAUGAGCCAGUAGAGGUGAAGGAAGUUCCUGCAGAGGAGACGAAGGAGAAAUCUCCAUCAGGAAGUCCUCAUUUCUACCGGAAAGGCACAACUCCCAACCAGUCUCCAUCAGGGAGCCCCGGGCCCAGUCCUACGCCUUCACCCGCUGCUGUUAAAAAGAGCUUCUUUAGCAGUAAAACGCCUGCCGCUGUUGCUCCAGCAAAGCCUGCUGGGACAGAGAACAAAACCCCAACAGCUGAGUCCUUGACAGCAGGUAUAACAAAGGCAGCAUCAAAACUUUCUCUCAGGCAGGACGUGAGGCAUCAGGAGGCUCCUCCAGCAGUCAAACCAGCUGUAACCUCGACAAUCAGCAGUUAUCCCAGCAACGGGCAGAUUCACUCCCAGUACCAUGGUUACUAUGUCAAGGCAGAUGUCAAGAUACCGCCACUAGAGGAUCCAACCAGCUUGGAAGAUGACCUUCACCCAUCAAGCCUUGCACGCCUGCCGCCACCUGCCAAACAGAUUUUGGCGCCAGUUCAAAAACCCCUGCCAUCCCCCAGCUCCUCACCAGUUCCACCAAAGGAGGGCACCAAAGCACCAGAGCCCGCCAAGCCGAAACGCCUGGAAUCAACCAAACCAAAGAGCCUCGCAGAAACUAAGAAAGCUAGUGUAGAGAUGGUUCCAGAAAUUAUAGAGGAAGAGUCGGGCCCAAAUUCUAUCUUGGUGGCUCUGGUGAUGCUGCUGAACAUAGGUCUAGCAAUCAUUUUUGUCCAUUUCCUCACCUGACCAAAUCUGGACUCAGUGGACUCAUCCAAACUGGUCGCCCAGGUCACCAGCUCUCCAUCACCAAAGAGGCCUUUUAAAAAAACUGGUGCCCCUCAGAAUGGCAGACACGGGCAAAACGGAUGACUGAAAAUAGACGAGCGAAGGAACAGAAGAAGUGGGGGGUGGGGGGAUCACAUGGAGGAGAGAGAAGGGAAAAAGCAGAGAGAAAGAAAUCUGAAGCCUCCACUACUGCCACUCCCUGCCCCCUCUCUCUGGACGGACUGGAUGACUGUCUUUGGUGCCCGUGUCCAACUUGCCUGGACUGCUGGUGAUUUGUGACUCCACUGAGAGUGCAUUGAAAGCUGAAGCAAGCAGUCGCUGGUUGGAAAUGAGCCCCUGAGCCCCAACUAUGGAUUCUCUAUCAGGCUUAGAAAUAACAGGGGGCCUUGAGAGUUGAAUGGAUGUGACUGAGUGUGAGGCCUGGCAUCUGUACUGCCUUGAAAAGCCUGCAGUGUGUGUGUGCUUGUCCGCCUGUGGCUCAAUUUCCAUCCUACUGUUCAGCAAAGUUUUGAAAUGCUGUAAUAAAAGUUUGAGUCGUCUA